AUGCUCAAGGGCAACAGCAACCACGACGAUGUCAGCGAUGACGACUUUGUUAGCGAAAAGCAGAUUUUCCAAGGCCCGAACAAAACCAUCCUGACGCUGGAAUCCAUCCACGUCGUAAAAGGGAUCGACAAACAUGUAAAGAAGAGGAUAGAGGAGGGGAAAGUAUACCUCAGCGAUAUAAGUCCUGUGAAGAAUGCAGAAAUUGAAGAGGCCUUUUUAAAGAGCCUACGUGACAAUGCCUUAAAAAAUAACAUCAUAAGUAAAAAAAAAUAUUAUAGUGGCAAGUCCACUAAAGAUUUGAACAUUAAAAUUGAAGAGAACUACAAAUGCUUCAGCUUAGACCAUGCCCAGGCGCAGGGUGGGGGGCCCACCGAUCCGGGCGACCCAGGUUGGCACAGUGGUGGCAACAAGUUAAGCAGCCCCAAUGAUAGUGAAGGGGUGGGCAGCGGAGAAGUGGGCAGGAGGUCGAAAAAGGGGAAGCCGAGACGGAAACACAGGGUGCCCCAGAAGGAUAAGGACAACGGGGAGGAGGAGAAGAAGAAGCACGACGAAGACGAUGUGGACGAUGUGGUCGAUGUGAACGAUGUGGACGAUGUCGACGGUGACGACGAAAAGGGGGAUGACCACAACGGGGGCGAAGCGCCCAAUGACGAAGCCGAUAACGAUGCCCCCAACCAAGCGGAGGAGGCGGGGCAGCCCUACUACAACCGAAUUAACUCCUUUGUGCGGAAGAGCCUAAAACCGAGCCUGCUGGAAAAAUUCUCCUUCAACGAUUUCCCAGAGUUGCUCGAAAGAGAAACGAUCGAUUACAUAAAAAAAAAGGAGAGAAAGUUACAAAAAAAAAGGUUAAACGCGAAUUUGGAGGCCCUAAGGUUGCAGUACAUACCGAUUAAUAAUGACAAGUUUAGAAACAUUCCAAGAGAAAUUAAGGAAAAUAUUUUGGCCCUAUUCGCCUGCAUCAUAAUCAAACAUAUAGACUCCUUUGACGAUAUACAAGUGCAAAACCAUUUGGAGGAAUUGUCCAGAAAUUUCCUCAAACAGAUGUCAGAUCUACUGAUCAUAGACCCCCUAGCGUACAAGUGCAUUAUGAAGCCUCUGGAGCAGAGGGAGCUCAUCAGGGACAUCACAGGCGAUAAAAAAAUAUACCAGCUGUAUGAAAAACCAUUUAUAGAUAAUUUAUUGGUACAAAUACAGGACCUCCAAGCAGGCAUAGAUUUGAAGUUUAAAAAAGUGGUGGAAGAAUUGAACAACGAAAUGGACUUUUGGCAAAAUGACCACAUUACUGAUGAGCAUAAUAAUGAUCUCCUUAGUGAUGUGGAGAGGGACAUGCGGUACGGCGUUGACAGGUGCUACAGCAACAGUAGCAACCUUCUCGAGGAUGAUGAAGACGAUAAUGGGGACAGCAGGAGCGAUGCCAGAAAUUUGUCCUCCGCUCGGGGGAGCUUUAUCCAAAGAGAAAUUGAUGAAUCGUACAGCGGGGAGGCCAUCCAUGAUUACUUUUCUAUGGGAGAUAAUAAAGCCGCAAGAGGUUGUAACAAAAACGGGAGAGGUGACCACCCAGCGGUACGUACCACUUGUGCCCCCCCCCCGGUAGUACCUUGUGGAAAGGGCGAGCAAACUUCCGUUGACACACAGAGUGGGAAGAAAAGGAACAAAGCGAAUCCCCCGCAGAAUGAAAAGAGGGCCCCCCCGGAAUGUCACGGGGGAGGCGCCCGAGUGAUGCAGGAGAGGGGCGGCAGUGUGUGUGACGAAAAGGGGGGCAGCGCUCCUCCAGGAGGGGACGUGGAUGGUCAGGGUGGGGCAGACGGCAAUGUAAUGACAAGCAGCAAUGGGAUGACCAGCGGUAGAGCACUCGGCGAGGGGAAAGAACCCACGCAGGGUGAAUCUACCAAUGAAGAUGCUAGUAAAACUGCCCAUGAGGCCCCCCACCAGAACGAGCAGGAAGUCAACCUGGGGGAUGGCCCCCCCAAACAGCCAGGCGGAAGCAACCGCGCUGACAUGAAGCAGUGCAAAGGUGGGAAAACUCCCGGGGAGUCGGAGAAGAAGGACGUGGAAGAAUCGUUGCAGUCGAAGGUGGAGCAAUCGGGGGAGGUGGAACCCACCAAACCGGAGUGUACCAAAGUUGCGCCUGACCAACGCGAGGCGAACCAAACGGGCAAACCCAACACCAAGGGCGGUAGGAACACUCCCGCGGAGGAAACCACCCCCGAUGGAAAGGAUCGCCAAAGCGUGGGUGCGAGCAUACAGGCGAGGAUCAAAACGAGCAUCACCCGCUCCGAGACGUUCGAAGGAGAAAGCGACUACGAAGAGAGCGACAUCGACAAGCACCUAAACCACGGGGUCCCCACGAGAGGACCCGAAGUGAAGUCCGUGCUGUUGAGAGAUUUAAUCACAACGUACAUCAUGACAGGUAAUAACAAUGCGAGGAUACAAUUAUAUUUCCAGAUGUUCGCCAGAUGCUUAAAAAUAAAUGAGUUAUUAAUUUUAAGAAUAGAAGAAAAUUUGGCGGCAGAUUUAAUAAGUGCUUUACAGGCAUCUACAAAUGAGACUUCCAAACGGAAGAACAUAAGGAGAAUAAAAAUAGCAGCUGCUGCGCUAGGUGGGGGAGCGUUGAUAGCCUUCACCGCAGGGUUAGCUGCUCCUGGCAUUAUAGCAGGGUUGACUGCCCUAGGUGCUGGGGGAAGUAGCCUUACAGCCUUCCUAGCAUCAGCUAGCGGUUUGGCCUUUAUCGUGUCCUUGUUCGGUGCAGGAGGAGCUGGGUUGACAGGGUACAAAUACAGCAGGAGAAUAGCAAACAUAAGAACCUUCGAAUUUAUAAUGCUAAAUGGAAGUCUCUCAAAAUCGCUAAGUGUAUGCGUAUGUGUUAGUGGGGAAAUACAAACAGAUGAAGAUAUAACCAACCCAUGGAUUGACGUGUUCCCCAAUUGUUACUGUGAUUUGUAUGCCUUAAAAUGGGAAAACCAUUUGCUAAAAACAUUGGGUUCUUUGAUCGAGACUAUGUUGUCCCAAGAAUUUGCAAUAACGGCUAGUCGCAUAUGGUUGCAGUACACCAUAGCUAGUACGCUCAGUGCCGCCUUGACGUGGCCACUGGCGCUAAUUAAAUAUGCCUCAAGCCUGGAUAACGUUUAUUUGCUCAUACGGGAGAGAGCGCAACAGGCAGGAAGAAUACUAGCAGAUGCUCUAAGUGAUAAAAAUACUGUUGGCCAGAGACCGGUUAUCCUCAUCGGGUACUCUGUUGGAGCUCGGGUCAUUUUUUACUGCCUAAAAUAUUUGCACGCAAAAAAACUCUACAACAUAGUUAGCAAUGCUAUAUUUAUAGGCCUCCCUGCAACUACCAGCACCAGGGUGUGGGAGAAAAUUAGGAUGGUGGUGACCAACCGAGUGAUUAAUGUGUAUUCGAAGAAUGACUGGCUGCUGGGGUUCCUCUACAGAUACAUGGAGUGGAAGCUAAGCGUCGCGGGGCUGAUUGCGGUGAAUGUGCCCAACGUGGAGAACUACGACGCCAGUGGGAUUAUUCACAGCCACUUGGAUUAUAAGAGGAAGCUCAAGGACAUCUUUAAUUUGAUCAACUUCGACAUGUGA